ACCACCCAGCUGGAAGUGGGGACACUCGCUUUUGCGGUCCUCAAUUUCCUCACCUAUGCUGUGUGGUGGAAUAAGCCUCUCGAUGUGCAAUGUCCGUAUCCAGUGUACUGGAAGUCGACCGGGUCAAGGCCAGGGAAUCAUAUUGCUAAUGUCACUGAAGGAAGCCAACUCGUUGAAUUGUGGAUCCUGACUUCGGUCUUCCGUCCAAUUCCAGAACUGAUAUUCGGUGCUCCAUCUCAAAAGCUCCGAGUUCCAACAUUCGAUGGCAGCGGCGGACUCAAAGGGUCAGACAUUGCAGUUCUUUUCCUUGCUGGAUUUCUUAUGGCACCCAUAUUUGGCGGCAUCCAUUGUAUGGCUUGGUUUUUUGCCUUUCCCACAUACCAGGAACAGGUGCUAUGGCGCACGAGUGCCGUCGCUAUAACUUGCACACCCUGGCUUGGUUUCCUCGCUCCACCUCUCCUUACAGCACUGGAUACACCAGAUGCGGUGACCACCUCGUACUUUGUAUUAUGUGUCAUGUCCUACGUCGUAGCACGUGCCGUUCUCCUGGUACUCAUGUUCACCACUUUACGCAAUCUUCCUCCUGACGCAUACAAGGCGGUGUCGUGGACUAGUUUGGUGCCGCACUUGUAAUUCUUGAUCAUGAUACUU